GCUGCCUCUGAUGUCGAGUGCCCAUAACAAAGAUGGAGUCUCUGGUGUCUGUGUGUGCCCAGAAGCUGGUGUGUGACCACUCCUCCCUCCGCCGGGCGCUGGACCUCAUGCCCAAGGAGUUGUACCCGGCUCUGUUCAAGGCUGCGUUCCUGGGCAAGAAGACUCUGGUGCUGCAGGACCUGGUGCAGACGUGGCCCUUCGCUGUGCUCAGUUUCCACAAGCUUCUGAAUAGCAACAGGCACUGUGACCCCCAACUGGCGACAGAGAAGCCCAGCAAGCUGUGUGUGCAAACUGUCAUCCUGGGGGUCAUCACCUACCUGAGUGAUGCGCUCACCAAGGGCCCUGAGGGACCCCAAGCUGGGAGGCAGAGGCUGCGCCUGUUGGAUAUGACGGGGAUGCAGGAGGAGGGACUUGAGCAGAACCCCGACACUAUGAGUUUAUGGUCUCGCACUGUGACUCUGGCCAAAGCCUGUAUCGAUGUGUCCAAGCGCCACAGUGAGGAGGUGAUGCAGGUGUCCAAACGUAGGAGGAGCUGCCAUAUUAACGCUCUUCCAGCCUCCAGCCCGUUAUACAUUGAAGUGCGAGUGGACCUCUUUGUGAAUAGCACUUCCUACGGAGUCCUGCGGGAGGCGCUCCUGGUCAGCUCACACAGCCCCCUACGUCUGCAGUGCAGAGAUUUCCGGGCCGAGGAGCUGUCGCUUCGUAGCACUGCGGGGCUUCUCGAACUGCUGAACCCGGGGAGUGUCCGUCAGAUAGACCUGAGAUUUAAUAACCUCGGACUCUCCGGCCUCAAUGUCCUCCUCCCGCAUAUGGCCAAAUUCUCCCACCUGCAGAGCCUCAAACUGCCAUACAGCAAUGUUGAUGUGAGGCGCCUUUCCCCUGUCAUGGAGGAAGGACUGCAGAGCUUCGCCUCUCAACUCGGACAACUAGGUGCCCUCAAAGAACUGAAUCUGGGCUCUUCCCGCCUGUCUGGCCGCUUACGCCAGCUCCUUGGGGGUUUGCAGAGACCGCUGGAGAGCUUGGAGUUGGCCUUCUGUUCCCUGCUGCCAAUGGACCUUUCCUAUCUUUCUCAGAGUUCCCACAUGUCCUCUCUAAGGAAGCUGGACCUGAGUGGGAACAAUUUGUCUGAAUUCCUAUUGACUCCUUUCCUGCACCUUCUGGCGGAGAUAUCGGGGCACCUCCUGUACCUGGACGUAAUGGAGUGCAAGCUGGCAGAUGCCCAUCUCAGUGCCUUGAUGCCCAUUCUGUGCCGCUGCUCUUGGCUUCGCUACCUCGGCCUCUUUUGCAAUCCCAUCUCCUCCGAUGGCCUGAGAAUGGUUCUGCAGAACCUGGUCCGACUGCCUGAGUUACAUUUGGUGGUUUAUCCUUUUCCUGUGGAUUGUUACAGUGACCCCACGCAUUUCUCUUCCACUGCAGCCUCGCUGGACUCUUCCUUUGACCAUGAGAAACUUACACGUGUUGGGGAGGAACUGCAGCAGAUGCUGAUGAGAGCCCAGAGGAUGGACAUGGUAUGGACCACUGACAUGUAUGUGCAGAGGACUCUGGACUCUCUCAGCCUUUAACCAUCCCAUACACACUCUACUUCCACUUUUCUGUAUAUACCUGCAGGGGGCGCUGGAUUUUCUGAGCCUGUAAUCCUCACACCUAAAGCACACACUUGCUUCUCUAUGGUUGUGUAUAGUGGGCCCCAUGUCUCCCACUGAAUCCCAACAGUGCAACUUCCUCUUUAAACAGGGGUACCAAACCACUCAGGCUCUUCUCAUGUGGUUCUUGCAACCCCUCUGAUUCCAGUCCUGUCUUGUAAAGUUUUCCGCAACUCCAUAAUUUUGCUUAAUUUUUCUUUAUAAGAAGAAAUUGUUACUCAUUGUUUAUUUAAUUGGACAUAUUUAAUACACAUUUUAUUUCAUUUUUUUUUCUUUUUUUCUUUGCAUUAUGUUGGUCAUUGUGUUAGCAGUAUCAACAACUUCUUCUACUCCAUUUUCUGGGUUAUGGUCACUUCUCAUUAGCCAACUAUACAACUGGGGUCACUUCUCAUUAGCCAACUCUACAGCUGGGGUCACUCCAUGGUCACUUUUCAUUAGCCCACUCUACAGUUGGGGUCACUCCAUGGUCACUUCUCCAUAGCCAACUCUACAGCUGGGGUCUCUCUAUAGCACUUCUCAUUAGCCAAGUCUACAGCUGGGGUCACUCCAUUGUCACUUCUCAUUAGCCGACUCUACAACUGGGGUCACUCCAUGGUCACUUUAGCCGACUCUACACCUGGGUUCACUUCAUAUUAGCCAACUCUACUGCUGGGGUCACUCCAAGGUCACUUCUCAUUAGCCCACUCUAAAGUUGGGGUCACUCCCUGGUCACUUCACUUAAGCCUAUGACAAAGUGUCCCAUGGUGACACAAAAUGAGUAAGACUUUUAUUUUAAUCAUUAUGGAAAAUAAACGUAUAUUUUUUGAAAUGUU